AUGGAGUUUUCAAAACAGCAACAACAACAAAACUACAACACACUGAAAUGUAAUACCUAGAUGCUCGCCAGUAUUGCUGCAAAACCUGAAACCUUGCUGAAAUAAAUUAAAAGCAAAUCGAAAAAACGAAAAUAAAAACAAAAAAAGCAAGCGAAUAAAACAACAAAAACAAAAGACACUUGCAAUGAACAAGGAAAUGCGAAAGAGGCAAAAGCCGCAACGACGGCAAUAUGCAAUUAAAACAGCAACAAAGCGCACAGCACUCGCACUAACUACAACAACAACAACAACAAAACCAACAGCACCGCCAACCCGUGUGACAGUGAACAACGAAUUCGUGCGCACAAUGGCAAUUGUUGCUGAUAGCGCAGAUAGCGUUGCUGUUGUUGUUGCCAACGACGAGCAGGCUCAAAGUUGCUGCGCCAACAACUGUCGACAACGGCAACAACAAGAGCGGCAACAGCAACUUCGGCCUACACAGUCCGCUGCACUGUCGCCACAGCAGCAACAAUCACAACAACAACAGCGCCAGGGAUAUGAGCAUCAUGUGCAACGCCAUCUGCGGUCAUGGCCGGGACAGCGGUCAAAGUUCAGCGCCUGGUUGCUGACAACUGUGUUCAUCGUGGCCAUUUGCCUGGUGCAGAGCGCGCACACGAAUCUCUUGUUUGGCAAUUUGUUAUCGUGUUCCAAUGAAGGUGAAGUGGUGCAAAUUACGGAACUGAAAAUAACUUCAAAAUGUUAUCAGUGUACCUGCAAGAGAACUUACAAUAUGUUUCUUUCUUUCGCAGGCAAUUUGUUAUCGUGUUCCAAUGAAGGUGAAGUGGUGCAAAUUACGGAACUGAAAAUAACUUCAAAAUGUUAUCAGUGUACCUGCAAGAAUGGAUUUGUAAACUGUGAAAAGGGAAGCUGUCCACCGAUUGACGAUUGCUAUCUAUUGGAUCCAAAACCGCGUGACACAUGUUGUAAAAAGUGCAAAGGUUGCAUAUACCGUGGUAUACCAUACCCAAGUGGCUCUGAGUGGGCUGAUCCCGAAGAUCCGUGUAAGACUUACAAAUGUGUGGCCAGUGUUGUCACCGAAACGACAAUGAAAUGCUUCAAUCAGUGCGACGAUGAACACGUCAUACCGCCAAAACCCGGUGAAUGCUGUCCGACGUGUCAAGGUUGCAAGAUCAACGGACAAACGGUGGCCGAGGGUCAAGAGGUAGUCGGCUCGAUAGACGAUCGUUGUAUGGUAUGUCAGUGUUCGCAAAACGAGCUGACAUGCGCUAAGAAAACAUGUCCCAUACUCCAGUGCCCCAUCUCAAAGCAAACGCAGAAUCCCAACGAAUGCUGUCCACGCUGUACCGAACAACGGGAAUUCAUGCCGGUAUAUGGCAAGUGCAUUUUCAACAACAAGGUCUACUACGACAAGACGCAAUUUAUGCCCGACCGUUGCACCAACUGCACCUGCAGCAACGGCACCUCGAUCUGUCAGCGCAACACCUGCCCCAUACUGGAGUGCUCGCCCGAGUAUCAGGAAAUGGACGGUUGCUGCCCGCGUUGCAUCACCUCCGAGGUGCGUAACGAAUGCAUACACAAGGGUGUGACCUACAUGAAUAAUGAAACAUGGAAUUUAGGACCCUGCCGUUCGUGUCGCUGCAUUGCCGGACAAAUACGUUGCUCAGAGAUGCGUUGUCCGCCGUUGAAAUGUAACUCCAACGAAGUGAAGAAAACAUUGCCGGGUGAGUGUUGUCCGCGCUGCAUAGAGACGCCCGGUACAUGCACCGUCUUCGGCGAUCCACACUUCAAAACGUUCGACGGCAAAUUCUUCAGCUUUCAGGGUUCAUGCAAGUAUCUGCUAACGGCCGACUGUCACGACAAAACAUUCUCCAUACGUUUGACGAACGAUGGACGCGGCACGAAACGUUCGUCUUGGGCGAAAACGGUAACGCUGAAGAUGGGCGGCAUGCGCGUCACUUUGGGUCAGAAAAUGCGCGUCAAAGUGAACGGCAGUCUCGUGAUACUGCCGUAUAGCGGCGCAACGGGCACACCGAUUGUCAACAUCGAACGACUGGGCGAACACAUAAUGCUGCAAACCGAUUUGGGUUUGAAACUCGAAUGGGACGGCAACAAUUUCCUACAAGUGACCGCACCGACCGCCUACAAAAAGAAGCUAUGCGGUCUGUGCGGCAAUUACAAUGGCAUCGGACGUGAUGAUCUCAGCAGCCGUGAUGGCAAUAAUCACACCGAUAAGGAGGUAUGGCGUUUCGCCAACUCCUGGAAAGAAGGCGGACCGAAAGCAUGUUCGCGACGUGUGGAAAAGAUAUCGGCGCGUCCCAAUUGUAAGGAGCGCAAAGCGAACGCCGCCUGUCGGUGGCUGCGCGAAUCUGAAGUAUUCGGUAACUGUGAUAAUAGACUAAAUCCCAAUAACUAUUUUGACGCGUGCAAGAUGGACGUGUGCGAGUGUCCCAAUCGCAUGUGUCAUUGUGACAGUUUCGCGGCCUACGCGCACGAAUGCCGACGCCUCGGUGUCGAAGUGUCGGAAGAGUGGCGCAAGCGCACCAAAUGCCCGGCGGGUAUGUGGCGCCGCAAUGCAACCAAAAUGGCGCUGCUGCAGCAUCAUCAACACAUUGGCGGUGGUGGCGGCGGCGUCAGUAAUGGUGUGCGCAGUGGUGCGCAAGCGCGUCGUCGCAAGCACCACCAACAGCAAAAGCAGCAGACACAACAACAACUGGAACGGCAGCUGCAGCUGCACGUGCCGAAGAGUCUGCUGGCGCACAAGUCGCCGAAUCGAACGCCGCCGCCGUUACAUUGAGUUGCGAGUGGGGCUACCACCUGCGCAUACAUACAUACA